AAUGCUGGAGGUUUCAGCCACAUUGGAUCGUGAGGUGGCAAUAUAUUUGGCCGGCGAAACCAUUCGAAUCACUGUGACAGUGAGCAAUUUGUCACGUGGAAAACAAGGAGUUGUCGAGCAACUGGCAUGGGGAAGCCUUCAGCUUAUUUGCGAACGAACUAUCGGCGCUACAUCAUCAAAUUCCACGCCAUCAUCGCGUCCUCGUCCCACAACUUCUGUUACAAAAUCAGCUGCCACCGUUUAUUCAUCUCAUCCGAAUAUUCUUUUUUGCGAAUUACAACUAGGUCCCGGACAAACAAAACAAUUCGUUUGUGAUAUCCCAUUAUCUCGUAAUGGAAUUCCACCAACAUUCCGUGGACAUUUGGUUAAAUAUUCCAAUCGAAUUACGGUCGCAGUGUCCCAUGUUCAAGAGCAUAUAAAAUCAGCUCAUUUACCCAUUCGAAUCAUACCAUCAGUGGGUCUCGAAACGAAACUCUCACUUCCAGCAAAUCCAUUUCUUGCUUCAACUACUCUUAGACCAUCAGUGGUUGAGACCGUAAUGGCAACAGUGGACGAUCUGACUCAAGCAAGAAAAUCGAUAGCAUUUGCUCUAACACAUAACUCAUCGACAUCUCGAGUUGCUCUAUUGACACUUCCAAAAAAAGCUUAUAAACUUGGAGAUGAUGUGUGCGGAUUUUUAGAUUUUAAUGGAGCCACCACGCCAUGUGUACAGUAUUCAGCAACAAUUGAGACGGAGGAACAUUUAAUUGAUGCAGAUGUUGAAGAGGGGAAAAAGAAAAUGGUGAAAGUGCACUGUCAAACUGCUCCGAUUUGUACAUUCUCACCAGAUUCGACAUUCCGAUUGAGUAUUCCACUUACAGCUACACCAACAUUUUCAACAGACUCUGUACAGCUGAAAUGGCGAAUUCGAUUCGUUUUCGUCGUAACUGAGAAGGCUUAUGAUGUUCAUUUGAAUGGAGAUGUUGCUAGUUCUGCUGCUCCAAUUGAUAUUCCUGUAGAAUCAUUCUCCUGGUCAACAGAUCUACUAGUUCUUCCAUGUAAACCACAAAACGCGGCCCUCCUGGACAAUUCCUUCCCGAAUCACAUUUCGAUGACUGUAUAAAAUAUAUAUAUUAAUUUAUUUUCUUGCCUCCUAUGUCUCAUAACUUCCAUAAUUCUUCUUGUUUCUGUGAUUUUUGUAUUUUAUUAUUCAGGCGUGAGAAUUUUCAAUUUCGGCCCCAAAAGUACGGUAGCAGGUCUCGACACGACAAAUUUUGUCAAAUGUGACACGCUGUGCGCCUUUAAAGAGUACUGUAAUUUCAAACUUUUAAUAAUUUUUCUCACAAUUUGUUAAUAUAUUUUUUUAUCGAAAAAACUAUUAAAAGUCGAUUUUUUAAAAAAAUUUAAAAAUACCGCAGCAACGAAAGUUUCAAAUUACAGUACUCCUCAAAGGCGCACAUCUUUUCUCAAUUAGCAAAAAAAAGUGUUGUGAAAAGACACCGGGUACAAAAAUUUUGCGUCUGUAUAAUAGCUCCCUCUCCUCGAAAUCUAAUUUAUUCAAAAAAGAACCUGAUAAAUAAUUGUAAA